AUGUCUUUCUACAUCUUCCAAACCUUGACCGUGCUCGUUGCGUGCUUCUUUUCUCGCACGGUUGUUCUUUCCAUCCGAAAAUGCGGACAGGAUCUUUGUCGGGAUGACCAAGUGUGCUGUGCGCAGGGGAAUGACACAACCGCUGUCACCUGUUGCAAACAAUUCGUGGACAAAACUUACUACAACAUCGCCAUGGUCACGCGGAAACUUUCCGGGGUGCUUAUAAUGCUGCUUCUCUUCGCCGUGGGAUACUUUAUCCAGCGAGUGUUGUGCGUGAGAUCCAGGCAGCUCACUCCGCCUCCUCCCAGCGGGCACCCGGCUACUGCCUUAUCACAGGAGCCGCUGGUGGAGACCCGCACGCCGGAUGAUUCCAUGGAUCCUGGUCUUGCUGCUCAGUUGCCCUCAUACGAUGAGUGCAAACGCCUGCCGACGUACGAGGAGACAGUGCGGGAUACUAACAGGGAACAGCUAGCUUUUGGCAUGGGACGACAGCCAACUUUGGGCAUGGGACAAGCUACAUGA